GACAGGCAGCAGCUUAAAUACCAGCCCAUGAGGAAGUUGAGCUGGGCUGUAAUGAUAGGGAGGCAGCCGCAGCCUCAGCCGCAGAGGUAGUCCGGGAGGUGGAGAAACCAGAACACCAUGAACGAGCACACAGGUGUUCCUGUGAGUAAUUAGAUUGCGGAAGGUGAAAAUACACCUUAGAGUUUUUACCUGGGAGCACACUAGCGCUGAGAAGGAAUCUGAAGGCAAAGAGGAAGAGAUCAAAUCGGUCAGUCACCCCAAGAGACACCAAAGUUGAAAGUUUGGAGGUUUUAUUCUUUUAAUUUUCUUUUUUUUUUUCUUUCUUUCUUUUGCUCUGUUUCCUUUUUUCCCUGCGGGUCACUACCAUGGUCAGAAAGGCUGUGGCAUCCACCAUCUCCAAUGGGGGUUACCUGCAGGGCAGUGUUAACACGAGGCUGUCUUCCCUGGGUGGCAAGGAGCCACCUGGGCAGGAGAAAGUUGUGCUGAAGAGGAAGAUCAGUCUGUUGAGAGGGAUCUCCAUCAUCAUCGGGACCAUCAUCGGAGCAGGAAUCUUCAUCUCUCCUAAGGGCGUGCUCCAGAACACGGGCAGCGUGGGCUUGUCCCUGGUUGUCUGGACGGUCUGCGGGGUCCUGUCACUGUUUGGAGCCUUGUCCUAUGCUGAACUGGGAACAACUAUAAGGAAAUCUGGUGGUCAUUACACAUACAUUCUGGAAGUCUUUGGCCCAUUACCAGCUUUUGUGCGAGUCUGGGUAGAACUGCUCAUUAUACGCCCUGCAGCCACUGCUGUGAUAUCUCUGGCCUUUGGACGGUACAUUCUGGAACCAUUUUUCAUUCAGUGUGAAAUUCCUGAACUUGCAGUCAAGCUCAUUACAGCUGUGGGCAUAACUGUGGUGAUGGUCCUAAAUGGCAUGAGUGUCAGCUGGAGCGCCCGGAUCCAGAUUUUCCUAACCUUUUGCAAGCUCACAGCAAUUCUGAUAAUUAUAGUCCCUGGAAUGAUGCAGCUAAUUAAAGGGCAAACACAACACUUUAAAGAUGCCUUUUCAGGAAGAGAUGCAAGUAUUAUGGGAUUGCCACUGGCUUUUUAUUAUGGAAUGUAUGCAUACGCUGGCUGGUUUUAUCUCAACUUUGUUACUGAAGAAGUGGAAAAUCCUGAAAAAACCAUCCCCCUUGCGAUAUGUAUAUCCAUGGCCGUCGUCACCAUUGGCUAUGUGCUAACAAAUGUGGCCUACUUUACGACCAUUAGUGCCGAGGAGCUGUUGCUUUCAGAGGCAGUGGCGGUGACUUUUUCUGAGCGGCUCCUGGGAAAUUUCUCAGUAGCAGUUCCAAUCUUUGUUGCCCUCUCCUGCUUUGGUUCCAUGAAUGGUGGUGUGUUUGCUGUCUCCAGGUUAUUCUAUGUUGCAUCUCGGGAGGGUCACCUUCCGGAAAUCCUCUCCAUGAUUCACAUCCGCAAGCACACUCCUCUACCAGCUGUUAUUGUUUUGCACCCUUUGACAAUGAUAAUGCUCUUCUCUGGGGACCUCUACAGUCUUUUGAAUUUCCUCAGUUUUGCCAGGUGGCUUUUUAUUGGGCUGGCGGUUGCUGGGCUGAUUUAUCUUCGAUACAAACGCCCAGAUAUGCAUCGUCCUUUCAAGGUGCCGCUAUUCAUCCCAGCUUUGUUUUCCUUCACGUGUCUCUUCAUGGUCGCCCUUUCCCUUUAUUCAGACCCAUUUAGUACAGGGAUUGGCUUCAUCAUCACUCUGACCGGGGUCCCUGCCUACUAUCUCUUUAUUAUAUGGGACAAGAAACCCAGGUGGUUUAGAAGAAUGUCAGACAUUACAACCAGAACAUUACAAAUAAUACUGGAAGUUGUACCAGAAGAAGAUUGUCAUAAAUUAUAAAUUAAUGCAUUUGAAGUCUUGGCAAUCUAUCCUUGGCUUUGUUUCUGCCCAAAGGGCUGAAACAAAAAAUGGAUCUUCUAAGAAAUUUAGUUAUUACUCCAUGUGGUUAUAGAACGCUGAUAUGCAAUUAUACCAUAAGUUCACGUGAUCAUUGAGUCCCUGAUACCUACCUGUUGAGGUUAGGAAAAACGACUACAGAAUGGAAAUUACUUUAGUGGUCUUUCUCUAUAACAUAUCUUAUGGCUAAGAACCUUCAGACUGAAAACUGAGAUGUUUUCUUUAAUAUGGGUUUUGUAAAAACAAUUUUUGUAUACUAUAGAUAACUGUACUGUGAAAAUUGUUUUCUACUCUUCUGGGGGAAAAAAAAGUGUAUGUCAUCAUUAUGGACAGAGGAAAGAAAGAAAUUUAUUUUACAUUGGCAUUGCAUUGCUUCCCACAGAUAUCAACUUAGAUAUCAUACAUGUUUUAAUGGAUUAUACCCAGAGCAUUUUGAAAAAGAAAAAAAACUUAGGGGUAUGCCUAAUUGUGAUGAAUACAUUAAAGAAGAGUUUCUAGGGGCUAUUGUUUAUGAGGCAAAUCCAGGAAUUAUGUUUAAGUAAAAAAAAUGCUUGAGAAUUUAUUACGUUAGGAUUUUUUUCACUCGUUAUCAGGAAGCUCCGUAGUUACGUGCCAUUUGUUUUCAUGGCAGCCUAAUUGAUCAGGAAAGGAUGUAACGCCUGUCUUAGAGCAAAACAAAAGUCAGUUUGGUAUUAAAUCCUCUUAAGCAUGAUCAUGUGUUUCACUAAUAAUUUACUCUUUGAUAAAUACAUCUAAAUAUGUGCAUUUUUAAAUCUUCAAGUUACAACAUCAACAGGAGACGGAAAUCACCAAGAAAGAAAAUGCCCAAAAUAUUAUGCCCAACUCUGUAGUUCUACAUACAUUGUUAGUGUUUCUGAACAUUUAAAAAAAAUCUCAUAGCUGUUUUUACAUGGUGAUGAAUUUUGACAGUUUUACGUUUUCUUUAUACAUUUUGUAUUGUUAAAAUAUCUCUUUGGACAAAACUGUCCAGAUCAAUUAGGAAAAGACAUAUAUUUACAUAAAAAUUAAGGAAGAAAUGUCACUGCUAAAUAAGAUUUACAACUGAUGUUUCUAAGAAUGUUCCCAUUUCUCUCUCUAGGCUUUAUCAGUAAUUUCCUGACAAAGUAAAAGAGAUAACUGACAAAUUCACUGAAAGAAACUGUACAUGAAAUGUAUAUAUUCAGACAGGUAUUACUAUGCUGGGUUUAGAAAAUACUGUGGAACUUUCAAAUAAGAAUAAUAUAAUGAUGAAAUUUGUUAACCAUUAUUUACUUAAGUCUCAGAGUAAAUAGUCAUGGCCAAAAUUUUUUCAUUCUGUAAUUUUUGUCCAUUUGAAAAGAAGAAUUUUUGGAAGAAUUACACUGAUUCAAAUCAUUAAGAAGAGAUAUAUAGAGUUCAUAGACAGUUGAUCAAAGUAGAAAUGAUGAUAAUUUGAGGCAAUUUCAAUUAAUUAAUUUUCAGUUCAUUAAUUUCAAUUUCAAAAUUUAAUUCAGUUAAUUAAAUUUCAUUUAAUCAAAUUUCAAUUUAAUAUCUAUCUGAGAUUGAAAUUUUGUCAGCCAAACGUAGUGUUUGGGUCUUUAAGUGAAUUUAUAAAAAUUCCUUCCUUUUUCUCUUACCAUGGAUUUUCAGAAUUUGAUCUGUAGUCUGUACAGCUUAUAUCCAUUUGUCUACAUCUGUCCCCACUAAAUUGUUGCUAUAGGUGAAAACAGAUUUCCUUCAUAUUCUUGUUUAUAGUCUAGGCCCAUGUAAUCUAAACCAGCAAACUCUCCUGGAAUUGUUGUUUUCCCCUAAUGAAAAAGAAAAAUGGUAAAGUCUCAUGGAGAAGUUUGUAUAGUUACUGAUUAAUUCCUGAGGUUAAUGUGCUUAUAUCAAAAGUGGGAGCUAGGUCUCCUCAUUUUAGUUAUUUUAGUUUUAGUUCUAAUUUCUCUUUAAAUAUGUCAUUAUACAAGCUAACUAGAUUACAUAUUCAUUAUUAUUUUCAUCAUUUUAAAAAAUGAUUUUUGCAUUGUUAAAUUUCUAAUGCCAUUGUAAUAUCAUUUUAACCAGAUGGAAAGUCAGUCAGUAAUUUUUUUUUUUUUUUUUUGCGGUACGCGGGCCUCUCACUGUUGCGGCCUCUCCCGUUGCAGAGCACAGGCUCCGGACGCGCAGGCUCA